AAAUGGUUGCACUCUGGAGCCUUGACGUGUAGUAGCUAACAUUGCCAUUGCAUGGGCCUCAGAAGUCUGACAUAAUGCAGAGCAAAACCUUUACCAACAUAUGGAUUUCCGGCAGAAAGGGUUAGACCCCAAGUGGCGUUUCAUCCAGGUGUCCCAAGGAAUUUACACAGCAAGCAAGAUGAAAAAUUACAAAUCCCUGGAAGCGCACACAUUUUUCACAAAUGGAUGGAUGCAGAUGAUCCAUCAUUUUAAACCUGAAGGAUCAGACUGCACCAUCUUUAAAACCCAGGUCAAGCCAUCUUAUAGGGUCACAGAAAAGCCUCACAAGACCUGGGUUGCUGUCAAAAGUGAUGGGAAGAUCCUGGCAGCCCGUUGUGACUGCAUGGCAGGACUUGGGGAAAACUGCUCACAUGUUGGGGCAGUACUGUUUAAGCUGGAAGCCUGUGUCCGCCUUGGUUACACCACAGUUGCAUGUACUAGCAUUGCCUGUGCCUGGAAUGGUGUCUCAACCAAAACUCUUGAACCGGCAAUGAUGAAGGACAUUGAGUUCUACAGUAAGAAUGCCAGAAAACGAGGAAGUGGCAGGAACCAGAGACCCAUCCCAAAAGCUUCAGCCUUACACAAAAACCAGCUACUGCAAAUGCUCUCUAAAACAAAGGAGCUUCCCAUUGGCCUCAGCACUUUUAAGAACCAUGCUGAUGCUUUCAUCCCCAAACCCUGGUUCAAAAACUUAGAAGGCUUUACAGAAGAGCAAGCCUCUCAGGUGGAGGAGGAAACAAAAGACCAAGCUGCCUGUAAGGCUUGGCAUCAGCACCGGGUGGGGCAGAUCACAGGCUCCACUGCACACAGUGUCAUGCACACAUCACUGGAAACAACAUCACAAACACUUAUAAAUGACAUCUGCAGUUGUAACAGGCCCUACUGUACUGGGCAUAGGGGCAAGGACCACGAGGUGGAUGCCAUAGCCACCAACAAAUAUGCUUUUGGCCUGUGCACUGCAACAUCCAACACCUCGUCUUGCAUAAUGGUAAUCGUUUACAAGACCCACAUCAACCUGAAAGUUGCAAAGCACCAUCUUCCGUGUCCCACGAAAUGA